AUGGCUCAACUCCCUGAAAAUCCGAUUUUAAUUGUUGGAGGUGGACUAGCUGGACUAGCUGCUGCCCAUCAAUGUUACCUACGAGGAGCAAACGUUGUCUUGCUCGAUAAGCAAGGCUUUUUGAGUGGUAAUAGCGGUAAGGCGACUUCUGGUAUCAAUGGUGCAUUGACCAGAACCCAGGUCGAUAUGAAGAUCGGAGAUUCCGUACAGCAAUUUUAUGAAGACACUUUGAAAACUGCAAAAGAUAGAGCUAAUCCUGAUUUGAUUAAGGUUUUAACUUAUAAUUCUGCCGAUGCUGUCCAUUGGUUACAAGAAGUAUUUGCGUUGGAUUUAUCGGUCAUCUCUAGAUUGGGUGGACACUCGCAACCAAGAACUCAUAGAGGUAAAGAUGCAAAAUUCCCAGGAAUGGCUAUCACAUAUGCGUUAUUGGAAAAGCUUGAGAAUUUGGCUGAUCUGGAGCCAACAAGAGUAGCCAUUUUGAAAAAGUGUCAAGUGAUUGAUUUGGUUAAAAAUGGAGAUUUUGAUAUAAUUGGGCUCAAGUAUAAGAAUCUCGUUGAUAAGACCAAAGCGGAACUUAGUGGACCGGUAAUUAUGGCCACUGGUGGAUAUGCAGCUGAUUUCACAAAGAAUUCGCUUCUUAGGAAGUAUAGACCUGAUAUCAUUGACUUGCCAUCUACCAAUGGUGUCCACGCCACUGGUGAUGGUCAGAAGAUUAUGUUGAAGAAUAAAGGGGUGGGUAUUGAUAUGGACAAGGUACAAGUUCAUCCUACAGGGCUCAUUAGUUUAGCUGAUACUGAUGUUAUCAACGGCAAGUCUCUGCCUCGAUUUCUCUUUUUAGGAGCCGAGGCAUUGAGAGGUGAAGGGGGUAUUAUGUUGAACGGUAAAGGUGAACGGUUCUGUGAUGAAUUAGGAACAAGAGAUUAUGUAAGUGGAGAAAUGGAGAAGAACCUCAAAUAUGGACCAAUUCGGUUAGUAUUGAACUCGAAGGCUGAGAAAAACUUGGAUUUCCAUAUCAAGCAUUAUACACUGAGAAACUUGAUGAAAUCUAUUUCCGGUAAAGAAUUGGUGGCAGAAAUUGGAUGUUCCAAAGACCUCCUUAAGCACCAAUUUGAUUCUUACAAUAAAGCCGCUCGUGGCGAAUCCAAGGAUAAAUUUGGUAAAAAGUUCUUUCCAGCAACUCCAUUUGAGUUUGGAAUUGAUGAAUCAUAUCACGUCUCGUUUGUUACUAGAGUUUUACAUUUCACAAUGGGUGGAAUUAAGAUUAACGAUAAAUCAGAAGUUCUUUAUCAAUUGGGAGAGAAUAAGUAUCAACCAUUCGAUGGGUUAUACGCCUGCGGGGAAGUUGCAGGUGGAAUCCAUGGUCACAAUAGACUUGGUGGUUCUUCUUUAUUGGCAUGUGUGGUAUAUGGGAGAGUUGCUGCUGAUUCAGCAACCAAUCAUAUUUUACAAAAAUUAUCUAAAGGAAGAACAGGUUCUGCAUUGGAUAGGUUAAAGCAAAUUAGCCUUCACAUUGAUGUGAAUAACCCUCAACGCAUUACUGUUGAUUGGAGUGGCAGUGAGUCGGGGCAAUCAAUUUCACAGAACAGUGAAAGUGUUUCACAACAAAAGGAAUCUGCCCCAGUUGAACAUAAAGCUAGCUCUGACAAUCCAUAUACUCAAUUUGAAAUUCCUUCCAAAGAAUUCACUAUUGAAGAAGUGGCCAAACAUGAUAAGGCCAAUGAUUGUUGGUGUAUUGUGAAGAAUGUGGUUUUAGAUUUAACUUCCUUCUUGAAAGAUCACCCAGGUGGUGAAGGUUCAAUUUUGAAUUUCGCGGGUAAAGAUGCAACUGAAAGCUUUGACAUGUUACAUGAAGAUAAUGUCAUUGUUAGAUAUGCAAAGGAAUGUGUUCUUGGAAGAGUUAAAGGGAAAACUCCCGGGUUGCAAUUCUAA